AUGGCUUCUUGUGGAGUAAUCAAAAGUACUGUCUUUUCAUUGUUACAUUCUCAUGAUCACGGCUCGACUCGUUUACUUACUUCCACCACCGCUCUCCCGACCCAAAGGCAAAAAUUCUAUUCUGGGAUAUCAGCUUCCCAUCAGGACAGCAACACGAGCGAGAAAAGGGAGCUCGCCGUGAAAACGGGUAGCCAUGGAGGGCAGAAUGGUAAAUUGACAAAAGGACUCAACUUCAGUGGGGAAAAGCCAUCGACUCCGGUAUUGGACACCAUCAACCAUCCUAUUCACAUGAAAAAUCUCUCUGUCAAGGACCUAGAGAAGUUGGCUGAUGAAUUAAGGGAAGAUAUAGUGUACUCGGUGUCGAAAACCGGAGGCCAUUUGAGUUCGAGCUUAGGUGUGGCUGAGCUUACUGUUGCACUACAUCAUGUGUUCAACUCUCCUGAGGACAAAAUCAUUUGGGAUGUUGGUCAUCAGGCUUAUCCGCACAAAAUUCUAACGGGGAGGAGGUCGAGAAUGCACACAAUCAGGCAGACGUUCGGGCUUGCAGGGUUCACGAAAAGGGAAGAAAGCGUGCACGAUGCCUUUGGGGCUGGUCACAGCUCAACUAGUAUUUCAGCAGCUUUAGGAAUGGCUGUGGCAAGGGACUUAUUAGGCAAGAAGAACCACGUAAUAUCGGUGAUAGGGGACGGGGCCAUGACAGCUGGACAGGCGUUUGAGGCGAUGAACAACGCGGGAUUUCUUGAUUCGAAUCUCAUAAUAGUGUUGAAUGACAACAAACAAGUCUCUUUGCCCACCGCCACUGUAGAUGGCCCGGCUCCUCCAGUCGGGGCCUUGAGCAAAGCCCUCACCAGAUUGCAAGCCAGUGGAGAAUUCCGCCUACUACAUGAAGCCGCAAAGGAUGUGAGCAAGAGUAUGGGGAACCAUGCCCAUGAAAUGGCUGCCAAGAUCGACACAUACAUUAGGGGCAUGGCAGGGACACCCGGAGUCUCUCUCUUUGAGGAGCUCGGCCUCUACUACAUUGGCCCUGUCGAUGGCCACUGCAUGGAGGAUCUCGUUCACAUUUUCAAGAAAGUCAAGGAGAUGCCCUCGACAGGCCCGGUUCUCGUUCACAUCGUGACCGAGAAGGGCAAGGGAUACCCUCCGGCCGAAACCGCUGCUGACAAAAUGCACGGGGUGGUGAAGUUUGACCCGAGGACCGGAAAACAGAUGAAGGGGAAAGCAAAGACACUUUCGUACACACAGUACUUUGCGGAGUCCUUAGUGGCGGAGGCAGAGCAAGACGAGAGGAUUAUUGCCAUUCAUGCGGCCAUGGGAGGCGGCACGGGCCUCAAUAUUUUUCAGAAACGAUUUCCCAACCGCUGCUUUGAUGUUGGGAUUGCCGAGCAGCAUGCCGUCACUUUUGCAGCUGGUCUCGCAACUGAAGGCCUCAAGCCCUUUUGCGCGAUUUACUCCUCCUUUCUGCAGAGAGGCUAUGAUCAGGUAGCUCAUGAUGUGGACCUCCAGAAGCUACCGGUUAGAUUCAUGAUGGACCGGGCCGGGCUAGUCGGUGCGGACGGCCCGACACAUUGUGGGGCCUUCGACACGACCUACAUGGCUUGCCUGCCCAACAUGGUGGUGAUGGCACCCUCGGACGAGGCUGAGCUCAUGCACAUGAUUGCCACUGCCGCAACAAUCGACGACAGGCCGAGCUGCCUCAGAUACCCCAGAGGAAAUGGCAUUGGUGCAGAUAUUCCACCCAACUACAAAGGAACACCAUUGGAGAUUGGCAAGGGAAGGAUCCUCAAGGAGGGAAGCCGAGUGGCGAUUUUGGGAUUCGGGACUAUAAUCCAGAACUGUUUAGCAGCGGCUAAGCUUCUUGGGGACCACGGCAUCUCGGUCACGGUGGCUGAUGCACGGUUUUGCAAACCUCUAGAUGGAGAGUUGAUUAGGGAGCUGGUUAAGGAGCACGAGGUUCUCAUUACGGUUGAGGAAGGUUCCAUCGGAGGAUUUAGUUCGCACGUCUCUCAUUUCUUGUGCCUCAACGGGUUACUCGACGGAAAUCUUAAGUGGAGGGCAAUGGUGCUCCCAGACAGGUAUAUCGACCAUGGAGAUCAAAAGGACCAAAUAGAAGCAGCUGGGCUGAGCCCCAACCACAUUGCAGCCACUGUACUGUCAGUAAUUGGAGAGAACAAGGAUAGCCUCCACUUGCUCAGCCUGUAA